UAAAUUAUUGUUAUUAUUAUUAUUAUUAUUAAAAUAAUCAUCCUGCCUCAGAAGAAAGGAAGGUUUUUGGCAACUCUGGUUAAAAAAAAAAAAAAAAAAGAAAGACAACUUUUCAUCAAUGGCCUCUUUUGGAUAUUUCCUGUUUCUUUGUGGGUUGAGUCAGGCUCUGUCAAGUUACCCAAUCUGGUGGUCCUUGGCAAUUGGUCACCAGUAUUCCUCCCUGGGGACUCAGCCCAUCCUCUGCGGGAGCAUCCCGGGCCUGGUGCCCAAGCAGCUGCGCUUCUGUCGGAACUACUUGGAGAUCAUGCCCAGCGUGGCAGAAGGUGUAAAGAUUGGGAUCCAGGAAUGCCAACACCAGUUUCGAGGGAGGAGGUGGAACUGCACGACUGUCAAUGACAGCUUAGCCAUCUUUGGGCCCGUGCUGGAUAAAGCCACCAGGGAGUCAGCCUUUGUCCACGCCAUCGCCUCUGCCGGGGUGGCUUUCGCCGUGACCCGAUCCUGCGCCGAGGGCUCGGUCAACAAGUGCGGGUGUGACACGCGCCACAAGGGCUCUCCUGGGGAGGGCUGGAAGUGGGGGGGCUGCAGCGAGGACGUGGAGUUCGGGACCACGGUGUCCCGGGAGUUCGCGGAUGCCCGGGAGAACAGGCCCGACGCUCGCUCGGCCAUGAACAGGCACAACAACGAAGCUGGAAGGACCUCUAUCAUUGAGCUCAUGCACCUCAAGUGCAAGUGCCACGGGCUCUCGGGCAGCUGCGAAGUGAAGACCUGCUGGUGGUCCCAGCCAGACUUCAGGGUCAUCGGCGACUACCUCAAGGACAAGUACGACAGCGCCUCAGAAAUGGUGGUGGAGAAACACCGGGAAUCCCGCGGCUGGGUCGAGACCCUCCGGCCCAAAUACAAAUUCUUCAAGGCCCCAACAGAGAAGGACCUGGUUUACUACGAGAACUCACCGAACUUUUGUGAGCCCAACCCUGAGACAGGCUCCUUUGGGACCCGCGACAGGAUCUGCAACGUCACCUCCCACGGGAUUGACGGUUGCGACCUUUUGUGCUGCGGCCGCGGGCACAACACGAGGACUGAGAAACGGAAAGAGAAAUGUCACUGUAUCUUCCACUGGUGCUGCUACGUCCGCUGCCAGGAGUGCACACGAGUCUACGACGUCCACACGUGCAAAUAAAGCAGGCAAAACCCUUCGCCGGGCUCCGAGUGGAGAAAUGGAUUUUGAGCCUACUUCCUCUGAGGCUGCAGACGUGAGAGAAGUCUACUUUUUUGAUAUUAAAAGAAUAAAAACUGGACAAAAAAAAAUAAUUGAAAUUUAAAAGGCUAAAACUGGUUGGAUAGAAUAGGUCUAAUGACUGCUGGGCUAUCCCGAAGUACAUCUGGCAGUCACACAAGUUCUGCCCCAACGCCGAUGCCUCCGGCAGGAGAACAGCUUUUUCCACCAGCCCUCAACACCGAGCUGGAAAAAAGAGCAUUAGCAAAAGCAUGGAUUUGCUUUGCUCUCACCCACCUGAAGUGACUCGUGUGAUUAAGUGUCCUUUGAAAGACUUGCAUCUUCCUAAGCAUCUCCUUUUCCCUCAGCCAGGCAGAGGCUGUGUUGAAGAGCAGCACUGAGCUUUCAGAGAUCUCUCUGCAAACCCAAAUGGCCAGACUGUGUAAUAUGAGCAACAGCAGCAAGAGAAAUAA